AUGUUCCGAAGGGUAUUUGGAAUCUCUAAUAGAUGCACUCCUACUCGUUUACGAUACUUAAGAGAGUAUGUAUGUUUAAGAGAGGCUGCAAAUCCAUCAGCUUAAUAAGCCUAAAUAGCUUAAUUCCAAUAAGUGUCAAAUAAAUAUGGAUUGGCAGUUCCUCAAUUAGCAACUUUAUCUGGAAUCUUUUAAUUAAGUCAAUUACUAAGACCUUAAAAUUUCCCAAAUCCUAAUGAUUACAAAAUACAUGUUGAAAAGUUAGAACUAUUGUUUAGACAAUCCUAACAAAGUAAUGAGACUUUAAGUUAAUUUGCAUAAUCCCUCGAAUUUAAAAUUCCAGAAAUAGCAAAACUUACUAAUGAUGCUAGAAAAUAGGCUGCCUAAGAAUUGUUUAGCAUUUAUUUAGAAGGAAUUCAUUAUGAUAAUUUAGUCUCACCAGGCUAUGUUGAGUAAUUAGAAUCAAUUUACAGACAAAGAACAAAAGAAGCAGCCAAAAAAAUUUAAGCAGAAGUUAAGGAUCCCUAAUUAGCAACCUAAUUAAUAUAAUCCCUUGAAUCGAUCUUAGAAAAUUAUUAAUUCCAUUAAGGAAGAUAUGUUGGUUUGAUUAAGUCAUUCAUAGACACUCUCUAAGGCACAGAAGUGUAAGUAACUUAAAAAUUGGAUCAACAAACCCAAGAGAAAUAAUUAUUCAUCCAAACUGUAGACAAAGCAACAAAGAAAUUCUCUGCCGAAGAUUAAGAGUAUGCCAGAAAUGUCGAUGGACACGAUUACAAAUUAUUCCUUUAAGAAUUAUAUGAGAAAGAAUAUUAAUCUGGAUUUGCAUAGAAUAGAUUUAAUGAAAAAGGAUAAAAAUUGGUUUAUGAAUCAUAGGCAUAAGAACAUCACGUUCUAAGAUAUCAAAUUUUAGCAGGAGUGUUUGCGGGCUACUUCCUCUAUUUAUUCUACAGAGGUGAUGCCUAUUACUCAACAAUCCAGCCUUCUUCUAUUUGGCUAAGUAGGGACAAGCCAAAAAGAGCUAUUCCAUUUGUUAGACAAGUGCUCAAAAACACUGACAACACCUAUGAGGUUGUUUUUGAAUAGAAUCGAAUAAUUAGUAGAAUUGAAAAUGUACAACCAGGUUAAAUCAAACUUGCUCAGGAUACUCAAUUUGCCAAUGCACUCGUCCUUGGCAAUCCAACAGAUUUCGGAUAUCACGUUAAGGUUGCUGACAAUUCAUUUAUUGCACCAUACUUAUAUAGUGGAAAUGGUUUAGAUUUCAGAGCAUUUAUUAAUGUUUGAUUCAAUAAUAUAAAUCACAAUAAAAACAAAACU